AAUGCGAAGAGCCGGAAUUCCUUGUCCAACAGUUGUACUGCUCAAGAAACACAUUUUAGUAAUGUCUUUUUAUUGGGCAUGAUCAAGUUCCAGCCCUAAAUUAAAAGAAGUAAAGCUUAGUAGUGAAGAAAUGAAAGAAGCCUACUAUCAAACUCUUCAUUUGAUGCAGAAGUUGUACAAUGAAUGUACUCUGGUACAUGCCGACCUCAGCGAGUAUAACAUGCUAUGGCAUGCUGGAAAGGUUUGGUUGAUUGAUGUCAGUCAGUCAGUAGAACCAACCCAUCCUCAUGGCCUGGAGUUCUUGUUCCGUGACUGUAGGAAUGUUUCACAGUUUUAUCAGAAAGGAGGAGUAAAAGAGGCCCUCAAUGAACGGGAACUCUUCAAUGCUGUUUCAGGCUUGAACAUCUCAGCAGAUAAUGAAGCUGAUUUCUUAGCUGAGAUAGAAGCUUUGGAGAAAAUGAAUGAAGACCAUGUUCAGAAGAAUGGAAGGAAGCUGCUUCAUUUUUUGAAAGUGAUGGAGACCACCAGUGGCUGUAUGCUGAAUAGCAUCAUCACCCACUGCUUUCCGUGUCAAUGCAGUGGAGACUGUCAGCUGCCGAAUGCAACUGAAGAGUGGGUGACUUGGAAUACCAACAGAGGAGGAGUGUACAAUGGUGCUUCUGUGCUUUCCCCCUUGUAACUCAUGUGCCAGAUGUGUGGAAUUUUUUAGCUCUCGGCAUUGAGAGAAUAAAUGUCACUACCUCUCAUCUUACGAUCAGGAUAAUUAUCAGUUCUUUAACAGCUACAGCUCAUCCAGCUGAAGGAGACCGAAUUUUACACGGCUCGUGAUAUAAAAUGUCUUGAUGAUAAUUUUUAAAACUUAGGGAACAUUUCAAAUGUGGGAGGAAAGGACAGAUGUGUUUUACAAGGGAGGUUUAUGAUGGCACGUUUGGCUUUAUUUACCUCCCUGUUUUGAGUUGCAUCCUUUAUCAAAUAUUAUUCAGCCUAAAAUUAGCCCUUUUUAAUUCUUUUUCUAAACUGUGACCAGUAUUCUAAAGGAAAAUUUCUUCUUCUUAAUGGGUGUUUAUAGAAAUGAAACUUGUUUCAGAAAGGGCUGAUGGAAUAGAUAUAAGCAAUGUACUUUUUUAUUGGUACAUAGAGAAAAUGAACGGAAUUUUACUUUUAAAGUCAUCAUAGGUUUCUGAAAGAGGAAAAUAUAUAAGAACUUCUUGGGCUGGAGGCAUGGCUCAAGUAGUAGAGCGCCUGCCUAGCAAGUGUGAAGCUCUGAGUUCAAAACCCAGUAUUGCCCUCCUCACCCCUCAGAAAACUUCAUAAUCAACCAAUUUUAAAAAUUAACUUUUAAACUUUUCUACAUUUAGGUUAAGUGGU